AUGGAUGAAAAUCUGUCAAUGAGUUUUCUCGGGAGUUCCUUAGCUGAAUCUUCCUUGCUGGAAGACGAUUUUUUUUCACGUGAAGAGUUCGACUUGUUAAAUCUAGCUAUGGAAACUGAUCGUACUGAAAGGUCUAUUUCUCGAGAACCAGAUAGCAAUACCCAACCAAUCGCCACUCUCAUUGAAAAUGAUGAUGAAAAAAUAUUUCCUGAUAUAAGCAACUUACUUCCAAAGCUUCGUGAGUUUAUAGAUCAAAGAGGGAGGCAAAUUGUCACACAACCUGUUCAAUCCGAGUUAUGUCAGUUGUUAGAGCUAUUGAGUAAAGGCCUGACCAUUGUUGACAGACAACGUGAAUUUUCAGAGUAUUUACAUGUAACUGAUGAACGAAGAAGGCAUCUACCAGCCUUACUUGCAUCACGCAGAGAAUUGGUUGAAGCAGUUGAUGUAUUGAAAACAUUUUUGGCCACUCUCACUAAAAAUGAUGAAAAAAUAUUUCCUGAUAUAAGGAACUUACUUCCAAAGCUUCGUGAGUUUAUAGAUCAAAGAGGGAGGCAAAUUGUCACACAACCUGUUCAAUCCGAGUCAUGUCAGUUGUUAGAGUUAUUGAGUAAAUGCCUGACCAUUGUUGACAGACAACGUGAAUUUUCCGAGUAUUCACAUGUAACUGAUGAAGGAAGAACGCAUCUACCAGCCUUACUUGCAUCACACAGAGAAUUGGUUGAAGCAGUUGAUGCAUCGAAUACAUUUUUGGAUAACCAGACCUUAAAUGCUGGCACUGUUGACGCUAUGGAAAACACGACAGUGAUUGACAACCAUUAUCCAAAUACUCAACCAUCUGAAGAUCUUAAUUUCGAUGAAUAAGAAUCCGAAGGCAUCUGUAAAGCGCCGUGUUCCAGAGAAGUCAGACAUAGCUAUGUCUGAUUUCCACAGCAAUCAACUGCAAAUACAUGUAAUAGGAAUGAUUCAACACCUGUCCACCUAUAUAUCUGGAAAAUUCUACUACUCCAACGACAAAAAAAAGAAGACAAAGAGAACUACAAAACUUAAGUUUCAAAGUCGUGUGAUUACAAUUGACGAUAUGAUUAUGAAGAAUGAUGAAUUUUGUUCGAAACUUUGUCAUCCAGUAAAGACUAAUACUGUUUCACUCACUGUAAGAUACAUCUAAUAAACAAACUAAU